AUGCAAGUUGCGGGAGCCAGCGCCGACAAGACCCAAAGGAAGUUGCACAGUAGGCUAGCCAAGUACCCUGACCACUUCACGUGUUUGGAUGAACAACUCCACGCAAGCCGGAGAAGGAUAGUCAACAACCUGUAUUCUAUGACAAACAUCGUACGAGCCGAGAGCGCCAUCGAUAUGUGCACAGACUUGUUCAUGUCGAGAAUGCGGGAGUAUGCCGACAGUGGUGAAGUUAUCAACAUUUCUAGUUGGGUUCAGAUGUAUUUACCCAAUGGCCCUCAUAACUGGGUAGCAAGUCAGCUGUUCUUCAGCCGUAUGUUCGGCUUCUUGAAGGAAGGUGGCGACCAUCAAGGCUAUAUUAGGUCCCUAGACACCCUAUUACCUGCUUUGGCAGUGACUUCCGUCAUGCCAACUUAUGUUCGCACAUUAUUCCUAAUGGCAGGGACAAUGUUUGGAAGUGUGCGGAGGGCUUUGACCAGUCUCAAUGAGAUUGAACGAGCAGCCGAAUUAUGCAUCGCCGAGCGACAAGAAAUUCUCGAAAACGGUGAAACUGUUGAAAGAAAGGAUAUUAUGUCAAGUCUUUUCGGCAUCAUCCAAGAAAAGGGGAAUAAAGCCGACUUCGGAUUGACAGAAGCAAAAGUUGAAGUCUACGUUGCUUUGUUUGCAGGCUCCGAUACCACCGCAGCGGCAGUUUCCUCCAUCCUCUACCAUCUUGUCAAGAACCCACAGGCUUAUCGGAAGUUGACAGAGGAAAUCCGCCAAGCUGCCGCAUCUGGGGAGCUAAGCGGCCCCUCUGUGCAAUACAGUGAAGCCAUGAAACUCCCGUACUUGACCGCAUGCUGCAAAGAAGGCAUGAGGAUGCAUCCCAGUGUUGGGUUGACCUUGCCGCGCAACGUGCCUAAAGGCGGAAGCAUGAUUUGCGGCGAGUGGUUUCCUGAAGGAACGAGAGUUGGAGUAAACGCAGCCGUCGUUCAUCGUGACAAAACCAUUUUUGGGGACGAUGCGAACGAAUUCAGGCCCGAGAGAUGGUUUCAGGACAAUAGAGAGAAUAUGGAGCGGCACAUGUUUCAGUUUGGAAGCGGGUCGAGAACCUGUAUUGGAAAAAAUGAACAGGUCGUCACUCAAUUCAUUCCCGCAUAA